AUGGAGGAGAAUGAUUCCAAGCCAAGCGAGGCAGCGGCGGAGGCGCAGAGGCAGCAGGAAUCCAGCACCGGCGGCGGCUCGGGAGGCGGUAGCAGCCCGGGCGAUUCGGACACCGGCCGCCGCCGGGCUCUGAUGUUGCCCGCGGUCCUGCAGGCACCAGGCAACCACCAGCAUCCGCACCGCAUCACCAACUUUUUCAUCGAUAACAUUCUGCGGCCUGAGUUCGGUCGCCGAAAGGACACGGGGACGUGCUGUACUGGUGCAGGCGGAGCGAGAGGCGGCGAAGGCGGCGCUGGCGGUACAGAGGGUGGCGGCGGAGCAGGCGGAGCCGAACAGUUCCUGGGGUCGGGCGCCAGGGAGUCCCGACCGAACCCGGCGUGCGCGCCCAGCGCGGGAGGGCCGCUCUCUGCCAGCGGUGGCGACUCGGCGGCUGACGGAGAAGGCGGUUCCAAGACACUUUCGCUGCACGGCGGUGCUAAAAAAACUGGCGAUCCAGGGGGUUCCUUGGAAGGGGCGCUCAAGGCCCGAGGCUUAGGCGGCAGUGACCUGUCGGUGAGCUCUGACUCGGACAGCUCUCAAGCCAGCGCCACCCUGGGCGCGCAGCCCAUGCUCUGGCCGGCUUGGGUCUACUGCACGCGCUACUCUGACCGGCCUUCUUCAGGUCCCAGGUCCCGAAAACCAAAGAAGAAGAACCCGAACAAAGAGGACAAGCGGCCUCGCACGGCUUUCACUGCGGAGCAGCUACAGAGGCUCAAGGCUGAGUUUCAGACCAACAGGUACCUGACCGAGCAGAGGCGCCAGAGUCUGGCGCAGGAGCUCAGCCUCAACGAGUCGCAGAUCAAGAUCUGGUUCCAGAAUAAGCGGGCCAAAAUCAAGAAAGCCACGGGCAACAAGAACACUCUGGCCGUGCACCUCAUGGCACAGGGCCUGUACAACCACUCCACCACCGCCAAGGAGGGCAAGUCGGACAGCGAGUAG